GGAGGCGGCGGCGGGGGCCGCGCUCCAUGCCAGUGUGGUGCUGCCGCUGCUCCUUGGCCGGGCAUUUCAGAAACUAUGGUGACACUGAAACAGAAGGAGAGAUUUAUAAUUCCUUAGUGCAAUAUUUUGGUGAUAAUUUGGGGCGAAAAGUUAAAGCCAUGCCAUUAGUUGAAGAAACUUCUUUACUUGAAGAUUCAUCAGUGACUUUGCCUGUGGUAAUAAUAGGAAAUGGACCCUCAGGGAUCUGCCUUUCUUAUAUGUUAUCAGGCUACAGACCAUAUUUAUCAUCAGAAGCAGUACAUCCAAAUACAAUCCUACAUAGUAAAUUACAAGAAGCAAGACAUCUUUCCAUUGUUGAUCAGGACUUAGAAUACUUGUCUGAGGGCCUUGAAGGCCGAUCAUCAAAUCCAGUUGCAGUACUUUUCGACACACUUCUUCAUCCAGAUGCUGACUUUGGGUAUGACUAUCCAUCUGUUUUGCAUUGGAAAUUAGAACAACAUCAUUAUAUCCCUCACUUAGUCCUUGGUAAAGGUCCACCUGGUGGAGCUUGGCAUAAUAUGGAAGGCUCCAUGUUGACAAUCAGCUUUGGAAAUUGGAUGGAGCUACCUGGACUUAAAUUUAAAGAUUGGGUAACUAGCAAACGAAGGAACCUAAAAGGGGAUCGAGUUAUGCCAGAGGAAGUAGCUCGAUACUAUAAACAUUAUGUAAAAGUAAUGGGUCUUCAGAAGAACUUCAGAGAGAACACUUAUAUUACCUCUGUUUCAAGACUCUACAGAGAUCAGGAUGAUGGUGGUGGUCAGGACAGAGCUAUUUCAGCACAGCAUUUACAGAUUGAGAAGUCACAGUUUAUCAAGAGAAACUGGGAGAUCCGGGGUUAUCAGAGAAUAGCUGAUGGUUCCCAUGUUCCCUUCUCUCUCUUUGCUGAGAAUGUAGUUUUGGCAACUGGAACGCUGGAUUCUCCUGCCCAUCUGGAGGUCGAAGGGGAAGAUUUUCCUUUUGUGUUUCAUUCAAUGCCUGAAUUUGGAGCGGCUGUAAGCCAAGGAAAGUUGCGUGGCAAAGUGGACCCAGUGUUAAUUGUAGGUUCUGGGCUCACUGCAGCUGAUGCAGUACUGUGUGCUUACAACAACAACAUCCCUGUGAUUCAUGUAUUUCGCAGACGAGUAACUGAUCCAAGUUUAAUUUUCAAGCAGCUUCCUAAAAAGCUGUAUCCAGAAUACCAUAAAGUCUAUCAUAUGAUGUGUACUCAGUCGUAUUCUGCAGACUCAACCCUUUUAUCUGAUUAUACCAGUUUUCCUGAGCACCAUGUGCUUUCCUUUAAGCCGGACAUGAAAUGCAUCCUUCAGAGCGUCUCUGGAUUGAAGAAAAUAUUUAAACUUUCUGCAGCAGCAGUAUUGAUCGGUUCUCAUCCCAACCUGUCUUUUCUGAAGGAGCAAGGCUGUUACUUGGGCCAUAACUCAAGUCACCCAAUCAAGUGUAAGAGUAAUCCUGUGGAAAUAGAUGCAUUUACCUAUGAGUGUGUUAAGGAAGCCCACCUUUUUGCAUUGGGUCCUUUAGUUGGAGAUAAUUUUGUUCGAUUUUUAAAGGGAGGGGCACUGGGUGUUACACACUGUUUAGCAACAAGACAGAAGAAAAAGCAGCAUUUAUUUGUUGAAAGAGGAGGAGGAGAUGGGAUAGCUUAAAGUAGGUUUACAAGAAUUUAUAUGGACAGUUUAUCAUUAAAGAUUUUUAA